AUGUCUUCUCCAAACCCUCCUGUAUUUCUUGAACAUAAACUUGACAAGUUAUAUGAAUCUAAUGUAUAUGAGCCCGAAUAUGUUGUUAAUAUUACAGAAGAUGAAGAAAAUGGUAAUUUAUCACUUCAAGUGGGGCAAACUUUUGAAACUUUCGAAGAAGUGGAGGCUUUUUUAGCUCAAUAUUGUGAACAGAAUGGUUUUGAAUAUCGAAAAAGAAGAGUUGAAUAUGAUGAUAACAAUAUCAUCCGAAAACGCACUUAUGAGUGUACCAAAGCAUCUCAAUACCAACCAAAAAAAGAUAAAGAUCCUGAAAAACAUCGAAAUCAAAGUUCUGGAUCAAUUGGUUGUCAAUGGCACUUAAAUGAUGUUGAAUAUUUGUUUGAGAAUGAUUCUAUCGAAAGCAAAUUUGGUUGGAAGCAAACAUUAGUUAAAGCACUUUUAAGCAAAAUUCCGAAAUCAUUGAUUUCUGAAAUUUGGGCAAUACAAUUAUCAAUUGGCGUACAGCCAUGGCUUGAACAACAUGUUAUUCUUUUAGCAGAUGGGAGUCAUUUAUGUACGUGUUUGAUGUUAAUCAAUAAGGGUAUUAUUUGUAGUCACUUCAUUAAAGUUCUUACAAAAAGUACAGCAGCUUUUUUCAAUAUUUCUCUAAUUCCAUCAAGAUGGUAUGGUGAUCAAGUAGCACAAUUCUCUGAAGAUGAAAUACGAACUUCACCAUUAAUUCAACUAUGUAAUGUUCAAAAUAAAUCUAUUCAAACUUCUAUUCAAACAGAUUUUUUAUAUUUGAGUGAUAUAUAUGGAGGAAAUGUUUUUACACCCAUAUUAAAAGAAGUAGUGAGUAAAAGGCAACAAUAUGCAAAAGCUUAUGAAUUACAGAAAAAGGCUUACAAUUUUGCUACACGAAUAGGUCAGGAGUCUGAAUACAUUAAUUUACUUAAAAAUUUUAUACAUACUAUGGAGAUUAGCCUAGAAGAAGUAGCAAACGAAAAGGAAAAUAGUGUUGAAAAUCAAAAAAUUACAAAUCCAAUUUAUAUUAAACCUCGUAUAGCUUUAAGUGAAACAAGUGUUCAUGGUAAUUAUUCUUUAUCUGGUGAUCAGGGAAAUGUGUUAGCCAAUUCUAAGCAUUCCUUAUCUGACGAAAAUUAUGAAUCAAAUAAUUAUAAACGGAUGAAAAAAUGUGGAAGAUAUAAACAGUAUGCAAUGCAUAAUAGACGUAUAUGUAAUGUAGAUUUGGGAAAUUCAUUGUAA